AUGGCCGGUUCCGUGCCCAUCGCCCGUUCGCUCAAGGACAUCUACACCGAGGAUGCGCUGAACGCGCAGGCACAACGAUGGAGCAAGCUCCUCGCCAAGUUUGAGACGACUUAUGGCCACGCCCCCGAGUUUGUGUCGCGGUCGCCCGGCCGUGUGAACAUUAUCGGCGAGCACAUUGACUACUCGCUGUACUCGGUCCUGCCCAUGGCCAUCACGGCCGAUGCCCUGCUCGCCGUCUCUGUCUCGCCGGUCAAGACGACGUCAGCCCAGGCGGACUCGUACAAGAUCCAGAUCGCCAACGUCCAGGAGGCUAAGUUCCCAACGCGCGAGUUCGAUGUUCCUUACGAUGCAGUCGACAUCGAUGCCACCGUGCACGAGUGGACCAACUACUUCAAGUCGGGCCUGCGCGGCGCUCUCGAGCUGCUGCGCAAGAAGCACGGUCAUGACUUCCGCCCCAAGAGCAUGCAGAUCCUGAUGGACGGCACUGUACCCGCCGGCGGCGGCCUGAGUUCGAGCGCCGCCUUUGUCAGCGCGAGUGCCCUGGCAGUCAUGGCAGCCAACGGCGAGCGCGAGGUCGACAAGACAGCCCUGACCGAGCUGGCCAUCGUCAGUGAGCGAGCCGUCGGCGUAAACUCGGGAGGAAUGGACCAGUCGGCCUCGGUCUUUUCGGAGCGCGGCUCGGCCCUCUUCGUCUCGUUCACCCCCUCACUCAAAGCGCGGCCCGUCUACUUCCCCGAGACCAGCCCGGAGCUCACCUUCCUAAUCGCCCAGUCCUUCGUCACCGCGGACAAGUUUGUCACGGGACCCAUCCACUACAACCUCCGCGUCGUUGAGUGCAGCCUCGCGGCCGCUUACCUAAACGCCGUCCUCAACCCGCCAGGGGCCCGCCUCCCCGCCGAUGCGGCGCCCCUCGGCGUCAGCUUGUACGGCUUCCACGAGACGUAUGUCGCCCUGGCGGAGCACAACAACCCAAACUCCGCCAGGCGGUCGAUUCCUGCGCAGCUCGAGGAGCUCAUCGCGCUUACCACGUCGACGCUGACCAAGGAGGGCUACACGCGCGAGGAGAUCGCCGCCGUGCUGGAAAUCACGGUUGGCGAGCUAGACCAGCAGUUCACCUCGCGCUUCCCCGUGCGCGCAGAGCGCUUCAAGCUGCGCCAAAGGGCCCUGCACGUCUUUGGCGAGGCCCUCCGUGUGAUCAAGUUUAUGGAAUUGCUCGAGGAUCCCGCCUAUCUCGCCCAGGGCAGCCGCGGCAGCGACACCAGUAUCUACAAUGCGCAGCUUGGCGCAUUGCUCAACGAGACGCAGGAUUCCUGCCGCCAAGCCUACGAAUGUAGCUGUGAAGAGAUUGAUGCCAUCUGCACCAUUGCGCGAGCCGCAGGCAGCUACGGCAGCCGGCUGACGGGCGCUGGCUGGGGCGGGUGCAGCGUGCACCUCGUCCCCGCGGACAAGGUGGCGGCUGUGCGCAAGGCGUUGCAGGACGAGUACUAUAGCAAGCUGGACUUGACCGAGGACCAGAAGGAGGCAGCCGUCGUGGUGAGCCGGCCAGGGAGCGGCAGCGCCUUGUACCUGGUUGAGUGA